AUGGCUUUCAACUUCAGAGCUCCCUCGGGCACCUCGGGCACCUCCGCAGGUGGCUUCAGAGGAUUUGGGACAACAUCCACAACAGCAGGUUCUGCAUUCAGUUUUUCUGCUCCUACUAACAUGGGCACUACUGGACUCUUCGGUGGUACUCAGAGCAAAGGUUUUGGAUUUGGUACUGGUUUUGGGACAACAACUGGAACUAGUACUAGUUUAGGUACGGGUUUGGGAACUGGACUGGGAUUUGGAGGAUUUAUAUCACAGCAGCAGCAAUAACAGCAAACUACAUUAGGUGGUCUCUUCAGCCAGCCCACACAAGCUCCUGCCCAGUCCAACCAACUGAUCGACACUGCAAGUGCUCUUUCUGCUCCAACACUGUUAGGAGAUGAGAGAGAUGCUAUUUUAGCAAAGUGGAAUCAACUGCAGGCGUUUUGGGGAACAGGAAAAGGAUAUUUCAACAAUAACAUUCCACCAGUGGAGUUCACACAAGAAAAUCCCUUUUGCCAAUUUAAGGCAGUAGGUUAUAGUUGUAUGCCCAAUAAUAAAGAUAAAGAUGGGCUGGUGGUGUUAGUUUUCAACAAAAAAGAAAAAGAUAUCCGAAGCCAGCACCAGCAAUUGGUAGAAUCAUUGCAUAAAGUUUUGGGAGGAAACCAGACCCUUACAGUAAAUGCAGAGGGUUUUAAAACAUUGCCAGAUGAUCAGACAGAAGUUGUCAUUUAUGUUAUUGAGCGCUCUCCAAAUGGUACCUCAAGAAGAGUUCCAGCUACAACACUAUAUGCCCAUUUUGAACAAACCAAUAUAAAAACACAACUGCAGCAACUUGGUGUGACCUUCUCUAUGACUACAACAGAACUUUCUCCUGCACAGAUCAAACAGCUUUUGCAGAAUCCUCCUGCUGGUGUUGAUCCUAUUAUCUGGGAACAAGCCAAGGUGGAUAACCCUGAUCCUGAAAAGUUAAGUCCUGUACCAAUGGUGGGUUUCAAAGAACUUCGAAGACUGAAGGUUCAAGAUCAGAUGACUAAGCAGCAUCAGACCAGAUUAGAUAUUAUAUCUGAAGAUAUUGGUGAAUUACAGAAGAAUCAAACUACAACUAUGGCCAAAAUUGCACAAUACAAGAGGAAACUCAUGGACCUUUCCCACAGAACCUUACAGGUCCUAAUCAAACAGGAAAUUCAGAGGAAGAGUGGGUAUGCCAUUCAAGCUGAUGAAGAGCAGUUGCGAGUUCAACUAGAUACAAUUCAGUGUGAACUAAAUGCACCUACACAGUUUAAGGGCCGACUAAAUGAACUAAUGUCCCAAAUCAGGAUGCAAAAUCAUUUUGGAGCAGUCAAAUCUGAAGAAGGAUACUACAUAGAUGCAGAUCUGUUAUGAGAAAUCAAGCAGCAUUUGAAACAACAACAAGAAGGCCUCAGUCACUUGAUUAGCAUCAUAAAAGAUGACCUAGAAGAUAUAAAAUUAGUAGAACAUGGAUUGAAUGAAACUAUCCACAUCAGAGGCAGUGUCUCUAGUUGA